UCUGCCACCUGAGCAUGGGGGAUGGUGUUGGUGGAUGGUGGUUCUCACUAAAAAAGGUGACCACAAAGUGCCCAGAAAUGCUUUUCGCUGAGCUGUAAGGUAUCUUAAGGUCCUUUCCAACCCUAACUAGUCUAUGACUCUAUAACCGCGGUCAACCCCUCUACCAAAGUCUGAAUCAGAGCCAUCUGUAGAGAGCCAGAUAUGUUUUCUUUUGGGCACUUGCCAUCUGUCUGAAUGCUUUAUGGCUUUUCACUUUAGUAUUAAAUUCUCUCCAAGUUAAUCAGUAAACGCACUUUGCUGUGUUCUACUUAAUAUCUUCUGAAGCAGCGGCAGUGGGCCGAGUGCUUCUUCCUUCUGCUCCCGCUUGGGGACAUGUGUCAGCCAUGAGGAGCCCUAGGACAGGGGAGCAGGACAGCCCCUGUGUAGGGCAGCUCCCCUGUGUUCCCAGGAGUGGGAACCACCUCCUGCAGAGGCAUCGCUGGUACUGCUGCACUGGGUGGAGGGUUUGUAAGUGAUGGCGUGGGGCAUGUGGUGCCUCUUGGGAACUUUGGCCCUGGCAGAGAGACAGCACCAGGGCGGAGAGCUGCCGUGGGGGAGCAUGUUGUAAAGGGGGUGCAGUGGUAUGUGUGGUGUGCGUGGGGCUCAGAGAGGGUCUGUGCCUCUUUGCCUGCUGCUGCACAGAGGGUUUCAUGCUCCAGGGAAGAGAGGACAGCCUCUGUCUUGCAAAGGGCUUUGGGUGAUCUUGUUCUUCUGCCCACCUUUACCGCAACCUUCCCCUCCCUAAAGAGCAGAAGGCAAGCGCCUCUUCUUUUCCUUGGCGAAACAUUGGGUGAGCUUUCUUUUUAUUUCUUUAUUUCUCUUAUUUUUUUCUUUUCCUUUCGUGGAUCGUAGUCUUCAAUCACUUCUCUGCCUGACAGCAGCUCUGCGCUCCCUGCCUGGGCUGAAGGAGGGGAGGUGGUGUAGGGGGAGGAUGAAGGCAAUAUUUCAUGUUGUUUGGAGGGAAGGGCUCCGCGCUGCUGGCUUACUGCUGGCCUGACAUGGAUCCAUCAUGAUGGCACUAUAUUACCAGUGGAGACAGUUAGGUGUUUAUUUUAGCUGCCUGGAUCCAGAAGCAAAAAAAUUUCAGCAUCUGGUACACAAACCAAAAAGCAAUGGACAACAUUUGGGGAUACAUUGGACUUGAGAAGGAUGGGAGAAGACUAAAAGUGACAAAAUCUUAUUUAUUUUUGUUUCCUGUCCCCCACAUGAACCUGGGUAGCAUUUCCUAGGAACAAGCGUGGUUUUUAGGGCGUGUGUUGAGCAAACACUGAAAUAAUCUGGGGAGUGUAGGUGUUUUCCUGGUUCUGGCAGCCUGGCUAAUGAUCUCGGUCCUUUAAGACUUUAAGACAUUUCAGAUGUGUACCCUCUACUCUGUCUCGUCCUUCCUGCUGUCUGAUCUCUCUUCAUCGUCCUCCAAUGCCCUGGUGAUGCAGGAUCUGAGGAGGCCUGCAUUCAUUUUGUUUCCGUCGAUGAAUAGGGACAAAUCUGCCAAGUGUGGAUGAAGAUGAGACGCCAUAAGCUCUUUCUGACUCUCUGCAUGGCUGGUCUCUGCCUCAUCUCCUUCUUGCACUUCCUCAAGGCCCUUUCCUAUGUCACCUUCCCCCGGGAGCUGGCUUCACUUAGUCCCAACCUUGUCUCCAGCUUCUUCUGGAACAAUGCUCCCGUCACACCUCAGGUCAGCCCUGAGCCAGGGGGCGCGGAGUUCCUCCGCACACCCCUGUACUCACACUCCCCCUUGCUCCAGCCCCUGCCACCCAGCAGAGCCAGCGAAGAGCUGCACAAAGUGGAGUUUGUGUUGCCAGAAGACACAACAGAGUAUUUUGUCCGUACCAAAGCCGGUGGCAUUUGCUUUAAACCAGGCACCAAGGUGCUGGAGAAGCCACCCAUGGGAGGGCGGCCGGAGGAGCGAGCAGAUGCUGUGGCCUCGGGGCGGCCGGCUCGCAAGCCACUGAGCGCCAGUGGGACCAAGCGGCGCAAGUGGGUAGAGUGCGUGUGCUUGCCAGGCUGGCAUGGCCCCAGCUGCGGGGUCCCCACCGUGGUCCAGUACUCCAACCUGCCCACCAAGGACCGCCUUGUGCCGCGGGAGGUCCCCCGGCGCGUCAUCAACGCUAUCAAUGUCAACCAUGAGUUUGACCUGCUGGAUGUCCGCUUCCACGAGCUGGGAGAUGUGGUGGACGCCUUCGUGGUGUGUGAGUCAAACUUCACAGCCUACGGAGAGCCGCGGCCCCUCAAGUUCCGCGAGAUGCUCCUCAAUGGCUCCUUCGACUACAUCCGCCACAAAGUGCUCUACGUCUUCCUGGACCACUUCCCGCCCGGAGGCCGCCAGGAUGGCUGGAUUGCCGAUGAUUACCUGCGCACCUUUCUCACCCGGGACGGCAUCUCGCGCCUCCGCAACCUGCGCCCGGAUGACGUCUUCAUCAUUGAUGAUGCCGAUGAGAUCCCAGCCCGUGAUGGUGUGCUCUUCCUCAAGCUCUAUGAUGGCUGGACGGAGCCCUUCGCCUUUCACAUGCGCAAGUCACUCUACGGCUUCUUCUGGAAGCAACCAGGCACCUUGGAGGUGGUCUCAGGCUGCACCAUGGGGAUGCUCCAGGCUGUCUAUGCUACCGACGGGAUCCGUCUGCGGCGCCGCGAGUACUACACCAUGCCUGGCUUUCGGCAGUAUGAGAACAGCACAGGACACAUCCUGGUGCAGUGGUCACUGGGCAGCCCCCUCCACUUUGCUGGCUGGCACUGCUCCUGGUGUUUCACCCCAGAGGGGAUCUACUUCAAACUGGUGUCAGCCCAGAAUGGGGACUUCCCCCGCUGGGGUGACUACGAGGAUAAACGAGACCUCAAUUAUAUCCGGGAACUGAUCCGGACUGGUGGCUGGUUUGAUGGUACUACGCAGGAGUAUCCUCCUGCUGACCCCAAGGAGCAGAUGUACGCUCCCAAGUACCUGCUCAAGAACUACCAGCGGUUCCGCUACUUGUUGGAGAACCCCUACCGAAAAGUGGAGGGCGCUGGGUGAGGCCACUGGGGCUUGUGUGGGAAAUCAGAACUUCACAACAAAGGGAGAGUCGGAUGUUUUUGUCUGUUCCUUUCUUUUUUUCUUUUCUCUGAUUCUGGGUGGGAUGUGCCAUUUUUCUGGGGUCUCUGCCCUCCCUCCCUUCCUUCUCUUCUUCCUUUCAUCCCAGGGUGAUGCCUGGGGACACAAAUUCCUCAGUCAUGUGAAGGGAGGCCUGGACAGGAGGAGGAGAGAUGGUGGGGACCUGCUCUGGCAGUAGCAUAAAGACUUCCUUGCAUCUCCCAAACCUCUCCUGCUGGCUGGAGAGACUCCCUGAAGCCAGCUGGUGGGUUUUCCUCUGCAGGAGGCUGGAAGGGUCCCAUGGGGAGAGAGCGCAGCUGUUCCUGUCCACCCUUGUCCUUUGUGGAUUGGAGCAAGCACAGAUGCAAGCUUAGGCUAUUCAGAGAGCAUGUGGGUCAGCAGGCACAAACCAAUGUGAGUGAUCAUGUGUGCAGAUGUGUGUCACAGGCAUUUUUUGGAUGAGUGAAUGUGCAAAAGCAUCUCAGUAUGCGUUUAUUUUUUGUAUACCUCCGUAUUCAAAGAGUAUUUUGGAGAAGGGAAAUCCUUUGCUUCCAAGGUGUUCUCCUCAAGAUGCAGCCUCUUCCCGCAGGCUCAAUGCAUCUGUCCUGGGCUGUGUCCUGGUGCUCUACCAAUCCUGGAGCAGGCAGAUGGGAAGCAGAGGAGAAAACUGAUUUUUUUUUUUUUUUUUUUUUUUUGAAAUUAUUAAUUUUUUUUAACUCUUUUUUCACCCCUGCCCCAACAACACUGCGCUGGCUUGGCCCACAGAAGCUGAAGCAUCUUCCCUGCAGUACGUGCUUCUACUGGGGCUGGGAUAAGCUGCAGUGGACUUAAUCAGACAGUGGGAGUGUAUGUUUACAAGUGCAUGGUUUCCUAUGUGCAUGAGUGCUAACAUGCAUGGGUUUGGUAUGCACGUGGGCAUUCGUUACCAGUGCUGAAGGGGAAGGGGACAGAGUUGGGCUUGGGUAUGUGUGCUUUUAGAAAAUGGGGGGAUCUGGGAGCUGCAAUCUCUGUCUCGGCAUGGAUGACUUUGGGGAAUUCAUAAGAGAGCAGUGCUAAACACACAGGACUGUUGUGUGCCUCUUUGGCCGCCUCUGCAACCCUGUGGGCUGUGCCUGCUGCAGGGUUGGUGCUUACGUGUGUUGGCUGUUCCUUCUUGCUGUGGGGUAAAAGGGAGAGGAGAAGGACAAAGCUCUGAGUCAGCAAUGGGUGCUUUGGAGAAACACAAGACCUGCCAAGGCACAGGAUCCAUCUGUCUGCUGUUCAGGUGUGAGGGAGCUCAUGGAGCCAUGGGCGGACUCCCCCCAGGGCCGAGAGACUCUUUUGAGACCUUGAUGCUAUCCAGAAAGCAUGUGUGGCCCCAUUGUGCAGCCUGGGCUGUGCAGACAAGACCAUGCAGAGGAGCAGGGAUCUAGGCCCAACUACAGCUGGUUGGGCCAGUGUCUAUCUAGAGUUUGACAGUGAUGGGUACAGUCAGGAUCUGGCCUGCUGUAUUGAAUUGAUUCAGCUCAUUGAAGAGGCAGAUCCAUGUCUCCACCCUCACCACCCUUCAGCCUAGCAGAUGGCUUGAUGGGAUGCCCAGUGCCUGGGCUGUAGCAGGCAGAGGGUGACAAACAUGAUGAACUUGCUCUGUUAGCCUUGCAGUGGAAAGACUGGCUCAUGUUCCAAGCAGAGAAAUGAGGAUCGUAGGAGGAGGAGGAGGAAAAUGUUGGCAUAAAGAGGAGUGACCCUGAAAUCAGGCCAGCUGUGCUGAAGCAGGAGGGUUUCCAUUGCCAUUAACUCACCCCAUCAGGGCUCCAUAUUCCUGUGUUGUCCAGCCCAUUCCCACCCUUGUGCCUAAUUCCUAUCUUUGUAUCUCUCUCUUUUUCCUUCCUAUUCCCAUCUUUAGAGCAGUGAAAAGCAUCAACAAAAAUAACUUGAUUGCCUAAUAAGACCGAGACUGGAGCAGAAUGAAGAUGAACAUCUUUUUCUGAUCAAACUGAGAUGAAGUAUAUCUUAGCUCCUUCCGCAUCUUAUGUGCUAUAAUGCCUGCUUAGACGAACUGAAAGAUCCUCUUUCUGUUGUUGUUGUUUGUGCUGUGUCUUCCCCAGAGGUAGAAAAGCCCCUUUGGGAACUGAGUGGAGGUCAGCUUUGGAAGGCAGAAUGCUCUUUCCCCAAAGGAAAGCUGUGGUUGUUCUAAGUUCAGACUUGUUGAUGCAGCAGGAGGGAGUCUUGUCACAGUCAUGGGGUCCUUGUGCCAAGCAGCUGUGUGGAGGUGUUUGGUGUAGAGAGAUGAUAGAGAAAUGGUGACUGAGCUGAGAAAGGAGGAGCCUGCAUUGAGCAAGAUGAGAGCAGCAGCACUGAGGCUGCAGCACGAGGGGAACGUGCUUUCCCCAGCGGCAGCCAGAGGAGAGCAAGUGUUUGUUAGCUCAUGGGAUCAGUAGCAGGAAAGUAUGGAAGGAAGGAGCUGUUUCUCAUUUUCACUCUUGCAAAAGAGCCUGAGGUCUACUCUUAGACCUUUGCCUUUGCCUUAUCUCAGUGACAACACCACAAGCCCAAUGGCAGGCCUUGCUGACAACAGAAGAGAAAGACAAGUCAGACUUUGCAUAGGUGUUUUGGCAGCACCAGAGCCCCAUGAAGCAGGGUCUAAAGUGCAUACGUGCUGAGGCUGCACCUUGUUUUCUUGUAUAGUGGGAGCAGCCUCUCCUCUGAUAUCAGCCCUUCCCAUUAAUAGGCAUCCUCGGGGAUUUUUAGUGCACUGCAGGUCACAGUUCCAUUCCUGAGCUAUCUUGGGAGUUUCAGAUGAGCCCACACCUGCAAUAUCUGCAUCUCCUGUUCCUGAACUACAGCCUGUUGCCUUCUCUCCCCUCUCCUUCAUUAUUUGCUCCAUCAUUCUCCACCUCUUCCUCUGAAUUGCUUCUCCCUUCUGCCCCCUUGGGCAGGAGGAGAAGGUCCUGCUGGAACAGCAGUGCUGGGAAUCUUCUGUACGGCUCUGGCCCUGUCCUCCUCCUGGACUUACUCACUUCCUUAUUCUUAGGAAAUUAAAUAUAAAACAGACUUCUGUUGUGGUGGGAGGAAGGGGCUUUACAGAUGAAAUGCAUUCUUUUUUGUUUCUCAAGAAUCAUUUAAACACUUUUUGAUUUAAGGCCAAACCAGUCGAUGUUUCUGUCUAAUUUGUCUGGCUAACCCUGUGUUUAUUAUCCUUAGGGAGCUAGAGUGCUUGUCAUUAAAAUCUUCCUUCUUGUCCCUGGAGGGGGACGGGUACUAGCAAGCUGACUUUCACACAGUGAUUUCCCAAGGCGGUGGUUUGCCCUCUGUCCAGCCUUGCCUGUACUGGUGUGCUGGCACUUCCAUGGCCAGUGCACAGGGGAUCAACCACCCUCUCAGACAACCUCCACAAGAGGAAACCCAAAAGCAUGUGGGGUGGUGAGAGCAGCAAAGAAGUCAGGUUUGUAUCAGAUCCUCAUUUCUCAGUGCUGAACUCUGAGGUGAGCAUUAAGGCUCCUUGAUUUUGUCUGAACCAGGUCCUCAGGUUUGAGAAAGAAAGGACUAGAAAACCCCAUCCUGCCCGUGGGCUGGAACUGGGAUCACGCCAGCAGAGCCCGAUGUCUGUUGGUUGUUGCAGCCAUGUGCAGCAAAACCACGUGCCCACUGUCCCUCUGGGAGCAAAGCUGGCAUGUGAAGUGAGGAAGAGCAUCACCAGCCUUUCCCUGCAGCCCUCUUCAGCCUCUGUGCUUUUCUUCCCCAGAACCUUUCCACCUUCAAAUUAACUGGUGCAAAGAAGGGCCAGGUAGUAGAUGAAGCAGUGUGUGGCAUCCCCAAGCCUUGCUCUUUCUGUCUGCCCAUCUCUGUUCUUGCCUUUCUUUGUACUUCCCACCUAAAAAAGGGAUUGUGUGCCUAUGCAUGGCUUUGGACUGGGGAACUCAUCUUCCUCUUUUGCCUGCAGUGAAGGGGAGGACAUGGGCUUUGAUGGACCUGCAGCAGGUGAGCUUGCUAAAGCAGAGGGAACGGGGCAGGUUGGCUGUCUUUGCCCCUCUGAAGACUGGGGGUAAUGUCAUACCCAAGUGACAGACAGAAAAGAUGGAGUGGUUUUGUGCCUGUGUGGUUGGUGUGAAGGACAACACACUCAAGUCCACUCUCGCUGUUGCUUUCUCUGGUCCCUGUGUCCUGCUGAGGUGUUUGCUGUCAUUCCGCUCAGGCCAACCUGCUCUUCAUGUACUCUGACAGGUAAACAAGGGUACCUUGUAGCUUCUGGGUAUUGUACAAGUUGGAGUGGAGGAAGAGUGUCAGAGCAGAAUGGGUAUCUGUUCCCCUCUGCCCUCCUUGGUGUGUCCUUGUGGGAUGGUAGUGUCUUUUUCCCUCCUGAACAUCCCCCAGGCUCUGUCCCCGUCUCCCAGCUCCUGCCAGCAAUCUCCGCGGCUGCUAUGCCUCUGCACUGUGAAGAUAUGUGUCCAGGGUCACUCCUGGUCCCAUUAGUGAACACUGGUGGUGAAGAGGGAAGGGGUGGCUCAUCCUGGCUUCACUGACCUCAAACCAUGGCAAGAAAGAAGGGAAGUGAAUGGGAGAAUGGAUCCUGAAUCCCUCCAUCGUUGUGUUCUCUCCACCCCUCCCCAAAAAAAUCAUCACUCUGAUUUCUAAGACAUUGGAAAAACUCGCUCUUAUUAUGGAAAGAGAGGGGGAGCUGGAGGUAAGGGGGUGGCAGGAGGGGCUCAGAUCCAGCACCAAGAAAGGAGAGCUGUUUCUAAUGCAAUACACUGACAUUUAAAGCUUUGGGGACUACAGAUAAUGGAUUAAGAAGGGAUGUGAAAUACUCUGAGAAUUCAAACCACUGUGUUUUCCUUCCUGUGUGGAUGAUGAUGAAGUUUCAUCCUGGAGGUGGUCCAGCAGCACUUCUGAGCCUGUGGUCCACCUGGACCUACUGGUGGUGUUGCCCCUGGGGUGGAUCCAGAACACCCUGCUUUGGCAAAAGAAUGAGUGGACUUGCCAAAAAUAAAAUAAAAUAAAAAAUAAGAGCGUCUGCAAAGCUCCUUUCCACUCUAAUUUAUAAACAGCAAGUAAUAAUGGACUUUUUGUAAGGAUAAAUCAAAUGUACAUUCUGAAAUCAUUUUCUCUGUAAAUGGUUGGAUUUCAUUUCACCCUUAAAGGGAUGCUUAAAAGGAGGAGAUAAUAAUAAAAAUAAAAAAAUUUACAAAGUAUGAAAGGAAACCAC